AUGGCCGCUACUCCUGACGCUCUUCAGCUCCUCACCGCCAUGGAUGCACGCAUCACUGCUAUUGAAAACGACAUUAAGAGUCUCACGACCAUCGAACCGUCUCUUCUGUUCCUACACAACCACUUUGAAUUCUUCCGAAACCUUGUUAAUGGCCUGGAUCCGAGACUAGCUAUGAUUGAGAACGCUGUAACCGUCGGUAUCCCCGCCCAAAUCCACAAGCAAACCGAGAUGGACAAGAUCGAGGUGGUUACCCAAGCUAGUAAUUUGAUCCAUGUCGCCAUCCGCGUGGACUUAGAUGAGAUCCGCCGAUCUGUUGAUACUUUCCGCCGCGAUGCUGCAGCUAAUUCGGCCACCAAGGGGGACGUCGAGGCCGCGAAGCUGUCCGCCUCCACCGCGGUCCCACAAGCGUCUUCCAGCAAGCCCAAAGUCCCACCGCCCACCGCAUUCUCUGGCAAACGAGAAGAAUG